AUGGGCAAGGAUGAGGUUAAUAAGAGCUUGAACAAGAGCAGUGGCAAUGUGAAGAAAGGAGAUGGCAGGUAUAAAACAUUUCCUCAAUUCUGGAAAAACAAAACAUUAUCAAAAGUCAGCUUAAGUUGUGGUCUUACACACACUGCUGUCAUUCCUCUGGAUUUAGUGAAAUGCUGUAUGCAGGUGGACCCCCAGAAGUACAAGGGCAUAUUUAAUGGAUUCUCAGUUACACUUAAAGAGGAUGGUGUUCAUGGUCUGGCUAAAGGAUGGGCUCCGACUUUCAUUGGCUACUCUAUGCAGGGGCUCUGCAAGUUUGGCUUUUAUGAAGUCUUCAAAGUCUUGUAUAGCAACAUGCUUGGGGAGGAGAAUGCCUAUCUCUGGUGCACAUCACUAUAUUUGGCUGCUUCUGCCAGUGCUGAAUUCUUUGCUGACAUUGCCCUGGCUCCUAUGGAGGCUGCUAGGGUUCAAAUUCAAACCCAACCAGGUUAUGCCAACACUUUGAGGGAUGCAGCUCCCAAAAUGUAUAAGGAAGAAGGCUUAAAAGCAUUCUACAAGGGAGUUGCCCCUCUCUGGAUGAGAGAGAUACCAUACACCAUGAUGAAAUUUGCCUGCUUUGAACGUACUGUUGAAGCGUUGUACAAGUUUGUGGUUCCUAAGCCCUGAAGUGAAUGUUCAAAGGCAGAGCAACUGGUUGUAACAUUCGUGGCAGGUUACAUAGCUGGAGUCUUCUGUGCAAUUGUUUCUCACCCUGCUGAUUCCGUGGUAUCUGUGUUGAAUAAGGAGAAAGGUAGCAGUGCUUCUCAAGUUCUUCAGAGACUUGGAUUUAAAGGUGUAUGGAAGGGACUCUUUGCCCGUAUCAUCAUGAUUGGCACUCUGACUGCACUACAGUGGUUCAUCUAUGACUCUGUGAAGGUCUACUUCAGGCUCCCUCACCCUCCUCCACCUGAAAUGCCAGAGUUUCUGAAGAAGAAGCUUGGGUUAACUCAGUAGAAUGAUCAAAGCAAAUGUGGACUGAAUCUGCUUGUUGAUCAGUGUUGAGAAAAGUGCAAGAGGAAC